CCGGCCUCCCGACAGGCUCCGCGUGCUUUACGCGCCAGCUUUGGCCUUAGCCAGCGAGUGGCAGAAUCGCGGCAGACGAUGGAGAGCAGCGAUGAAGCGGCCGUCGAGAAAUGCCGAAUCCACUUGCGCCCCGGCACGCUGCGCGACGCACCUCCCGCCACGUUGCACCUUCUGCCCUGCGAGGUUCUGGUUAGCCGGCCUGCCCCCGUGGGGCGCUUCUUCACCCCAGCCAUCCGCCAGGGUCCCGACGGACUGGAAGUGUCGUUUCGGGGCCGCAAACUACGCGGCGAGGAGGUGGUGGUGCCGCCCGGGCUCGUGGGCUACGUGAUGGAAGAAAAGGGAGAGGGGUUGGUGGGGAAGGGCUUCUCGGAGGGUUCGUCGAAUGACAACGAGCAAGAGCAGCUGGAGCUGGUGGAACCCCCAGAGGCGCUGGAGCGGGACUUUGACCGGUUCAUUGGAGCCACCGCUAGUUUCAGUGGCUUCACGCUGUGGGGCCUGGAGACCAUCCCCGGUCCGGAUGCCAAAGUGCGCGGGGCCCUAACCUGGCCCAGUCUCGCUGCCGCGAUUCACGCACAGGUGCCUGAGGACUGAGAACCGGAACCUGAAAUUGAAAGCCACUGGUCCCUUCACCCCAGUAAACCAGCUCUUCACUUUGGAGCCGCUGAUUCCAUCACCCCAAAUAAAUGAGCUUUUCACAGCA